GCCGCCUUAAGGAUUUCUUGGACCAUGAAACAAUGUCUCUAGUAAAAUCCGAUGUCCAAGCUUUCGGAGUUCUACUCUUGAGGUUGUUUUGCAGAAGAUCUGCACCAGAAGAUGAUGAAAGCUUGAUUCAGUGGGCUCGACCAUUGGUGUUGGAAGGAGCAUUCCCUGAGUUACUGGAUGAUGACUCCAAGGAUUAUGACCCAUAUGGAGUUUAUACAGUGUUUUGUGCGGCUGCAAAGUGCACAAGUAGUAGGCCAGAUUCACGUCCAUGCAUGAGUGACGUGAUCUCAAUUCUCAAACAAGAAAGAUUCUGCGAAUAUGCAAUUCCAUAAAAUGAGGAGUCUCACACUCGCAGAGUUCAUUGGGGCCUAAA